GAGAAGUGGACGCAACCAGGCUUUGAGAAUGUGGAGACAACAACGCGAACAGUCACGAUGGUACUCAAGGAAGGCAUCACAGGGGACGCUAUCCCGCAUCAAAUCAACAUCCUCGGAAUGCCAGCGUUGGUGUCCAUUCCAGGCCGCCCACCUCAGUGCUUAUGGUUCAAGGAGGUAGGACACAUGCGCAAGCAGUGUCGCACUCCGUGGUGCAGGACAUGCGGCACUUACGGACAUGAGGAGGACAAUUGUAUCCAAACGUACGCGGCAAAAACGAGACCUCCAACUGAACUGCAGGACGUCGAUAACCUGAUGGACCAAGAUGAAAUGGAGGAGACCAUUGCCGCGACUCCGAAAGGGAAGGCGUCUGAAUUGUCAACUGACGUCGUCGGAGCAGCCGACUCAGCACCACCAGCAAGCAGCGUCGCUGAAAUCAAGAUGACAGAGACGCCGUCGCCGAAGACGGGAGAGAACUCGCAAGCAGGACAAGUCACACCAAAAUCGGUUGAGAUGAAGGACGAGAAAAACAGAAAGGCCAGCAAGGCAGAUGGAAACCCGGAUCAAGAAGUCACCGGAGUGGAAGCGCCAAUUAAAAGGAAGGGAGAGCGAUCAACGGAAAAAAUUGCAGCGCGUGCGACUGCGGGUGACCAACGAUUUACUUCUGUGACCCGCAAGCGUUGGAAGAAAGGCACUGAACCUCAAGGCCAACCAUGGUUGACAGAGCGGGGUGCUUCAGCACUUGAAGAAACAGCCUUCGAAGAUUGACAACGUUCUGCCAAACGUGUAAG